AUGGACGCGUCGACGCAAAUGAGGUACCCGGGUGUUAAGAGGAAAAAGACACAGAGCACGGAUACGCAGACUGAUCUCCCGAAGCAUAAGGCAGCACAGGUGUCCCUGUGGCAGCUCGUCACUGGAGACAUAACGCCACGACAGAGAGCCGAUGCGGAAAGGACACGGCGAUUCAUUGAAAUCUCAAAAGUAAGGCUAAUAAAGAAAGUAGGGGGAAAGGAACAGCAGGCCCAGGAGGCAGAGGAAGGCAAUAAGGAAGAAGAGAGGCGAGUAACGUCAGAGAAGGGCAAGAGAGAAGAAAAAGAUUAUAAGAAGAAAGAACAAAGAGAAGAACCGACGAAACUAGAAGGAAAAAAGGGACCACGUAUCCAGUUACGAAGUCUAAAAACGCUGGAGGGCCAAAAUUGGCUUGACGACGAAGUCAUUAAUGAGUAUAUGGCCCUGAUCGCCGAUCGUGAGAGUAAAAAAGGAAAGCGAAUUGAAAGGGUGCAUUGUAUGAAUUCCUUCUUUUACACCCGUCUUCAAAGUGGGGGGUAUCAAGCGGUCAAACGAUGGACGAAAAAGAACAAUCUCUUGUCAUUCGCAAAAGUACUCGUACCUGUUCAUCUUCGGAAUCAUUGGUGCCUAGCAGUAAUAAACGUAAUGAACAAAACGCUAAGCUACUACGAUAGUUUGGGUGGACAAGACGAGGGUUGUCUGACUACCCUCUGUAAAUACCUUGUAGAGGAGGCAAAAGAGCACGAACGGUACUUCAACGCCGAAGAAUGGGCAUUAAUAACCAAAAAGAAGAUUCCCCGUCAAAGCAACAAUCAUGAUUGUGGGGUCUUCGUGUGUUUAUUCGCAGAAAAUGAGGCGGCUGGACGUGCGUUGAAUUUUACACAAGGGGAUAUAAAAAAAAAUAGGAAAAGAAUCGCCGAAGCAAUCAUGAACGGGAAAUUGGAGUAG